UGUUUGGAUUUUUAUGACCCUGAUUUUUAUUGUCUUGCAGUAAUCUAACAUGGCAAACGGGCACAUCCACGACCCAGUCUCCAACGGCAAUGGCCUCAGCCAACCAGACAGUAAAUCGGAUUCUGGCACAGACAGCAUGGAGGACACGGCCGAGUUCAGAGUCUUAAUGGCAUACGCAAAGAGGCGACGACAGGGAAAGAGCGUUGAAUCACCCAAACUGGAAAGCCCGGACUCACUUAACGGUGGCCCAGAUUCAAACGGCACGUCUUCGCCUCAGACUCCGGUAAAGACUGAAAAAGCAACACCAGAAGUGGAGGAGAAGAAAAGGAAGAAGAGGGGCGGACUAAAGAAACUCAAACACAUUACCAACAUUUUCAAAUGCGUCAAACCUCAGACAGAUGAUGAGAAACCAGAGGAAACGGCUGUGACAGAAAAUGAUGUAGAUGACAGAUGUUUUACAACCGCUAUUGUUAAAGAUGAUGAAGAAGUAAGACAACCAGAUAAGUUUGCUGAGGUGGCGAGCAGGCUGGCAGAGAUCGCAGAUGAAAUCCCAUUCACGCCUCCAGAACUUGACACAGACGGUCCAGACGAUGACGUGGAGAAGGUGAUCGCCCUGCUGCUGAGGGAGACUGGAGACAGACUGAAUGACAGCGUGUUGGGUCAAUCCCUGACAGACAUGGAGCUCUUCUGGAACUACAGUUUCUUUGAGACGUUAAUAAAGACGCUCCUCAGAAGGAUGGGCCUGAUCUCUGACCCCAACUCUCCAGGACCACAAACGUCGCCAAAGACCCAGAUCGCCAUUACCUGUGAGGUCGCCAGUCGUCUGUCUGCCACGGACACGGUGCCAAUGAGCCGAAUGCUGGGCUUCGGAGCCAGGUACCUGCAGCAAUACUUCUCAUCCUGGACAGAGCAGCAGGGGGGAUUGGAGGCAGCCUUCGACAGUGACGAUGAAGACGAGGACGUUCAGUGAUUAGACGGUGCAUUUCCAGCUCCACAGCGCCCUCUGCUGUCACCUCCGCCACACUGCACAUUCAAGAUCUGCUGACUUUCACAAGCCAGUUCAAACACGACUCUCAGGGACGCAAAAAAAAAAAAAAAAAUCCAGUUUACAUCCAUAUAAACCCCCGAACGGACCAGCAAUAAACUCACACAUCAAUGCUUUAUAGGAAAGAAGCAUUUACAACGACCACGAGCCAAAGACAACCGUUUUUUUGUCAUUUCCAACUUCUUUGUGAUUACCUAUAAUGUCUUAAAUCUGCAACUGUAAUCAAUGGACUUUCGUUAUUAGCAGAUUUAGAAAGUAUUUAUUAGCACAUGCACU